AUGCGAAUUCCACCACUCAGAUCGUUGAAUGACUUUUUGUUUUCAGUCUAUAGUAUGCCAAGUACUAUGGAAUCUGCCAGCGACCGCUUUACAUCAAAUAUGCUUUACUAUCAAACUAAUUAUUUUUUAAUAACAGCAAUACUAUUAGGGAUCAACCUUGUCUUGUCCCCAAUGAGUGUAUUAGUCGGUCUCUGUACCCUUACUUUCGCAGUGAUGUUAUGUAAUAAUCUAGAUAGUUGGUGGCCUUUUACGUCUCGCCCACCAACGCCCAUCAUUUAUGGCCUCAUUUGUACAGUGAUUCUUCUUUAUUUACUUCCAAUGAUGACUCCAGCCAUACUUACUCUUGCCUCAAUUACAAUUGUUAUUAUGAUGCACGCUCUACUUCGUCAGAGGAAUACAAUGAACAAAUUAACCCGCAUUUUUGAUUCCAAUGCUCCGGGCCAAUUUAAAUCUCCAAUGGGUUUUCUUCUAGGAAAGUUGGGGGAGUAA